CCGCGUACGGACGCGCCCUCCCCUCCUGCACUGGAGCGGAUGAGCGCGCCGUGGAUGCGCUCACACCGCAGCUCGGAGCCGCGCCACAGACGGGAGGGGACAGCUCUCCAAGGGACAGUGGGGGCUCAGCCUCGUCUUCUGGGAGACAACUUUUUUUUCCUUUUUUCUCUUUCAUUUUUCCGGUUCCUCCCUGAAACUUGAGAGGUCGGAGGACGACUCGUCGGUGUCGGCAUGGCGUCGUCGGUGAUCCGCGCGUGUCUCCUCUUGCUGCCUGUUGCUCUGCUGCUGAUGCUCAGCCCGGUCGCCGCGGCGUCGGCCAGAAGGUGUCACUCCAUCUACAAAGGUUUCGCUCAGUGUCUGAUAGCCCUGGGAGACAGUCUCGCCGGCAACGCCCGCAAGGACGAGGACACGCACGAGAUACACUCCAUCUGCAGGUCGUGGGAUGCGUUCCAUGACUGCGCCAAUGCAGCAAUGGCCGGCUGUCCGGACGAAGCUGCGGCAGUCUGGGAAUCCCUCCGACAGGAAUCCAAGAAGAUGCAGUUCUCCGGAAACCUGUACGACAUGUGCUCCAACCGGGACAAGCACCUGGGGGCCUCGCCCCCCCCCCGCGGCUCGUCCAACCAGGAAGCAAUCAACCAGGAGUCUCUAAGAGGGGGUGCAGAUCACCUGGCAGGCAACCCUCAGCUUCUCAUGCUACUAUCUCCACUGCUGCUUCUGUUGUUUGGGAUAUAGCUCCCUUGAAGACAUAGGACUUGUGUAGAUAUAU